GUCAGCAUGUAGUUCAGAGCGCUGAUCUAGAUCAUCGCGUGUUGGCUACACUGUAUUUACCUUCUGUCUGCACCAUAUCAGCGGCAUUACAGCGUGGAAUACAUCAGAACCUGAUAAAACCAUGAAUACUCCAAUACUGCUGUUGUUAACUGCAUGUGUGGUAUCUAAUGUCAAGGCAGCCAACAUCCUCUUGUUUCCUGGUUUGAUGGCUCCCAGCAUCUGCAAUGAAAUGAGAGGCUUUGGAGAAGAGUUAAUAAACAGAGGCCAUAAAGUUACAUUCUACCUAUCAAGUAAAUUCGAUCGCUCGUUUAUGUCCAAUUCGAAAAUAAGAUUCUUAGAAUUUCGUUUUUCAAAACGUGAUAAAGAGGUGAUUGACGGUGUUACAAAAGAAUUGUCAGAUGGUGUAUUUAGCAACCAAUCGGGGAGUAUCUGGAAAUUAAUGUCAACGUUUCCCACGAUGUUGAACACCAUUUGUGACGCUGUAUUUGCAGACAAAGAUGGGCUGGACAUGUUGAAAGCGGAACAGUUUGAUCUGGUUGUUGUUGAAACAAUUUUCUUUACCAAGUGUUUGUGUUUCCUGCCUCGUUAUUUGAACGUGCCCUACGUUGGUGUUGCUUCCACCGUAGACGGGAGAGAUGGCGGAUUACCCUUUCAAGCACUUGCAUCUCCACAUAUAAUGUCUACAUUUUCGGACUCGAUGUCCUUUUUGGAACGGUUGAAAAACGUAGCAAUGCAUUUGGUGAUGUAUGUGUUUAGGCCAUAUGUUCUUCCAACUACUGAUCCUGCGACAUACGAUCCAUCUCUUGCUGGACUUGAUGCAGAAGAUUUGGUACGGAAUGCUGUUCUGUAUCUUGAGAAUUCAGACCAUGUUGUAGACUAUCCUAAAGCUCUUAUGCCAAAUUUUGUGCAAGUUGGGGGUCUAACAGCAAGUCCAGCAGGGAAACUUCCUAAAGAUUUGGAAACGUUCAUCUCUGAAGCCACCGAUGGGGUCGUUGUGGUUUCGUUUGGAAGCAUUCUUCGUGAAGCCCCAAAAGAAAUGAUGAACAAGUUAAUGACGGCAUUUUCGCAACUGAAACAGCGAGUGUUAUUCAAAACCGACAGAGACUUUGUUGAAGGCAAUAUAAAAUCGGUGAAAUGGAUUCCGCAAAAUGACGUCCUGGGACACCCGAAGGUCAAACUGUUCAUUUCACACUGCGGUAAAAAUAGUUUCUUUGAAGGGGUCUACCAUGGCGUGCCCAUCAUAUGCACUCCACUAAAUGGCGAUGCCUAUUCCACAGCCAGUAAAGUUGUAAAUAAACAGAUUGGCUUAUCACUGGAUCUUAAGACGGCUUCAGCAAGUGACAUUGUAAAGACUGUCAACACUGUACUCACAAAUACGAUUUACGGUGAUAAUAUGAGAAGAACUUCGCUGCUGCUAAGAGACAGACCGGAAACGCCCACUGCACGUGCUGCAUCUGCCAUUGAGCACGUGCUGAAAUAUGGUGGAGAACAUUUGCGAGCUCCAUCUCGUAACCUACCGUUAAUGUCUUAUGUGUAUGCCGACUUGUGGUUGAUUAUAUUCAGUGUCAUCAUUGGUAUUCUGUAUGUCUUAGUAAAGCUCGCUAGGUGCAUAUGCUGUAGAAAACGCAGUGCGAUUGCCAAAACAAAGUCAGACUAGUUUCAUACCAGUCUUCGCACAUAUAAUAGACCCUAUAGACGUACAUACUAAUACACUAAAAAAAAAUAAGCAACUGCGAACUUUUCCCUACUUUUAAUUCGAACAAUUCAGGGUAACUGAAGAAUAUUAUAACUUAAUUUACUGUAUUUGGAGCACAAAGAACUUUUAGUAGCUGUGUUUGAUUACGUCAUCCACAUUAGCAAACGAUGGUCAGUUUUUUUGAAGGUGCAUUCUUUUUGAAAAUAAUUCUAAAAUUGUACCAGUUGUGAAGGUGAUACUUGUUAAUUGAUUACUUGAGAUGACUUAGCAUAUAUAUCGGUUUUUUUUUA